GCGUAGAAUGCAGAUGAGCAAAGUGAGUGGGCGAGUGAAAUCGUUUGUAACAAAAACCCAUUAUUCACAGAUGAGAAAUUUAUAUUGUCAGCAUAAUAUCUGUGAGGCUAAACAACGCGGUAGAGUAUAUAAAAGCAGUGCGCUUUGUGCAGAAGUACAGAGCUCAGGAUACAGCACAUCCAAAGUUCCAAAAGGAGGGCUCGCUCUCUCUCCACCUGCUCUGCUCCACGUCACAGUGUCAAAAGGCAGCAAAAAUGAAAAGCAUCUACUUUGUGGCUGGACUGUUUGUGAUGCUGGUACAGGGCAGCUGGCAACGUUCCCUUCAGGACACAGAGGAGACAUCCAGAUCAUUCCCAGCUCCCCAGACAGACCCACUCAAUGAUCUGGAUCAAAUGAAUGAAGACAAGCGCCAUUCUCAGGGCACAUUCACCAGCGACUACAGCAAGUACCUGGACUCCAGGCGUGCCCAGGAUUUUGUGCAAUGGUUGAUGAACACCAAGAGGAACAAGAAUAACAUUGCCAAACGUCAUGAUGAAUUUGAGAGACAUGCUGAAGGGACCUUUACCAGUGAUGUAAGUUCUUAUUUGGAAGGCCAAGCUGCCAAGGAAUUCAUUGCUUGGCUGGUGAAAGGCCGAGGAAGGCGAGAUUUCCCAGAAGAAGUCACCAUCGUUGAAGAACUCCGCCGCAGACAUGCUGAUGGCUCCUUCUCUGAUGAGAUGAACACAGUUCUUGAUAAUCUUGCCACCCGGGACUUUAUAAACUGGUUGCUUCAGACCAAAAUUACUGACAGGAUGUAAGUAUGUCACUAUUCAAGAUCAUCUUCACAACAUCACCUGCCAGCCACGUGGGAUGUUUCAAAUUUUAAGUUCUGUAAAUUUAAGAGGUGUAUUCUGAAGCCAUAUUGCUUUGCAUGCCAAUAAAUAAAUUUUCUUUUAAUACUAUGUAGCCAAAGAUUGUAAAUGGAAUAAACCAUUGUCAAAAUAUUGCUAAAAUGUCAGCUUUAAAAUCUGAAAGUGCAGAAUUCUCUUAUUUUCUUCUUAUUUUGGAUGAAGUACCUUAACCUGCUUAACUUGGCAAUGAAAUGGGUUUUCUAUGAUAUGAUUUGUACAUAUAAAUUAUUCCAAUCACAACAUAUUUGCAUUAUAAUAAUAGAUAAGGAAGGACUGGUAGCCACAGUGGUGACAUGGGAAAGAGAACUUUCUUCUUAAAACUUUUGUCAUAAAAAUGCUUCGCUUUCAAUGUAUCAAAGAUAGACUUAAAUAAAAUUUUCGAGCUUCUUCA